UAUUAUACUGUUACAAUAUUACAUAACCUUUUAAAGUAAAUAAGAGUAAAAGUAGGUAUGGGUGUAUAAGCAGUCGCACAUAAUUUAUUUUUAUUCCAAUUCCUCAGCUCUACCUUUUAUAGGCAAACAAAUAUCUAUUUACGAAUUAGUAUUGUUGACAAUUCUUCCAGCACGUUCUUUGAACUCUGUGCUUGACUGAACGGCUGUUUAGAAAAGGUGCCCCCCAUUGUGCAUUUAAAUCUUUGUCCCACUGUACAUUGAAAGCCUUUGUUCACAUACAGUACAAUGAGUUUUUCAGAUGGAGUUAGGGAAUAUGUGUGGUCAGCCCAUUCUCUCCUCAUCCAGCUCAAUAGACUCCAUAACAUCCAACGACCAGCUCCCACUUCAAAGAUAGUUAUGCAGAUUGCUUGCUUUGGCAUUUUUCCAGAUUUGGAUCGGAAAGAAAGACAUUUUCCCAAGGUAAGUUCCUCCAGAAAUCAAUCAUUAGGAUUUUAUUUUUGGACAAUGACAAUCUGUAGUCAGUGUUUUCCUUUUCACUAUGGACUGUUGUUGAAUAGGUUGAGUGGAGGGGUAGGCUACAUUUACAAAGUGUACAUUUAUACAAUUAUUGAGGUAUUGUUAUUAUUAGUUCAUGAUGUACUGUAGUUUGUGUGUCUGUCAGGAAUAAUGUAGAGCUGUGUCUGUCUGGGAUAAUGUAGAGUGGUGCCUGUCAGGGAUAAUGUAGAGUGGUGUCUGUCAGGGAUAAUGAAGAACGGUGUCUGUCAGGGAUAAUGUAGAGCGGUGUCUGUCAGGGAUAAUGAAGAGAUGUGUCUGUCAGGGAUAAUGAAGAGAUGUGUCUGUCAGGGAUAAUGAAGAGUGGUGUCUGUCAGGGAUAAUGAAGAGUUGUGUCUGUCUGUAUUAUGGAGAGUAACCUAUAUUUAAUUUUCUCUUUCUACAUAAUCAUUUCAUGUAUCAAAUUAAGCAUUUUCUCAUGUUAUUUAGAAUAUCCCAGAUCCCUAAUUUAAACAACACAUACUGUAUAUUAAACAAACUACAUCUACAUAACACAUAGCGACAUGUUCCAACAUAGCCUACAGUAUACUGUGUCUUAAGUAUGUUGUGUGACAUUGUGAAAGUAUUUUGAUGCCCCUCUUAUGGAUGUUAGAUGACAUAUUAUGUGUUGACCUGUUUUAUGGCUUCAUGGUUCUGCUGACUUAGCAUGUGCCCCUCCCGCAAUAGACACUUCAUUUUCAGUAGUGAGACUAAACUGUACUGAUGGCUCACUCAUUAAAGACCUUGAUAGAUUACAAGGAAAUACAUCAGUGCUGCAGAUGCGCAGGUUCCAUCCAUGUUUCACUCCUUCAAAGACUGUAGCACUAAUGUUGAUUUGUCUGUGGGGCAUAAUAUUGUAGUGUGGUGGGAUCAACACACCAUAGGCCUCUGCUGUUUGUUUUUCAUCUGUGUUCCCCCAGGUUAAGAAAUGGGAGACUGGUCCAUUCUUGGUCGCUUCUUAACGGAGGUUCAGAACCACUCCACGGUGAUCGGCAAGAUCUGGCUGACCAUGCUCCUCAUCUUCCGCAUCCUGCUGGUGACCCUGGUGGGGGAUGCAGUGUACAGCGAUGAGCAGUCCAAGUUCACCUGCAACACCCUGCAGCCUGGUUGCAACAACGUCUGCUACGACACCUUCGCCCCCGUCUCACACCUGCGCUUCUGGGUCUUCCAGAUAGUGCUCGUCUCCACACCGUCUAUCUUCUAUAUUGUCUACGUGUUGCACAAGAUAGCCAAGGAUGAGAAGUUAGAGACUGAGAAGAUCCAGGAGGUUGCUAAGCCUCCUCCUGCAAGUGAAAGUCUCAAACAUGUAGGGGUGGAGGAUGGGGAAGCCCUGGAGGCCAGAAACCGCUCUUUCAACCCCUGCUAUGAGAAGGAGUGGGGCGCCCGGGAGGGGGAGUGUGUGGAGCAGAGCCUGCUGGAGGAGGAUUUGAAGGAGGUGGGGAAGGAUCCCACCGAGCUGUCCAGCCAAGUGCUGCUGACCUACAUCAUCCACGUGGUGCUGCGCUCCGUCAUGGAGAUAGCCUUCCUAGUGGGCCAGUACUACCUGUUUGGCUUUGAAGUGCCUCAACUGUUCCGCUGUGAGACCUACCCCUGUCCUAACCGGACUGACUGUUUUGUGUCUCGUGCCACAGAGAAGACCAUCUUCCUCAACUUCAUGUUCAGCAUCAGCCUGGGAUGCUUCAUCCUGAACAUUGUGGAGCUGCACUACCUGGGCUGGGUCUAUAUUUUCCGUGUGCUGUGCUCUGCCUGCUCUACAUGCUGCGAGCCAGAGCGGGACCCUGUGGAACUUGUGGACCUGUAUCACAACCACAACAACCCUCUGCUGCUGCAGCUCAAACACUCCCUACGAGGCAGGGUGGUCCUGCAGACCUCCCCUCCCAUGUCCCAGGAGAAGAGCAGUGGUGUGUUGCCCACCCACACCCCAGCCAUCUCCUUCGAGACGGACUCCACAGUAGAGUGCACCUCCAAGAGAAGCCCAGAUGAGAAAGAACGCACUAAGGCCAAACUAGCCAACAUAACUAAAAUAGGCAGAGGCAAGAAAUCCUGGCUGUGAACUGUCAAACUGUGUAUUUUUUCUUUCCGUUGAAUAUUCUUCUUUUGCUUCCUCCAAUCAACUGAAGAUGGAUUACAGUUGUUUACAGUAUGACUGCAAAAGUAACAGUCCUUUGAGUCUUUUGCAGUGAAUCUUUAGAAAUUCCAUAGGAGUACCCACAGCCCGCAAAAGCAUUGAAAACUGUAUGUGCUCACAUUUCUGUGUGUACAUGGGUAGAAAUUAUAAACUUUAAUGUGCAACCACUUUGGUAGCUUGGUCGUUCCACCAAUUAGGUGCCGUUUGAGUAUUGAAUUUUUUUAUAUCACCUAAUUUUAACAUUCUGUCAUAAAGAGCACAUGUUCAACUUAAUGAAAAACAUAUUUGCCCAUUUCAAUAGGUUACAUAAAACAAACGACUAUAGUAUGUGCCUAAUAAGUGCCAAAUAAAGUAACAGGGUUGACCGUAACAGGGUUGAUGAUUUAAUCUCAAAUCAGCCAUAAAUCCCCUGGUGACAGGAGGAAUGGAAGCUUGUUGUGUGCAACAGGGAGGGGCAAUUGAAUGCAAGCUUCACCAAAAAUGUUUAAUUGUUAAAUCAUUUCUGGCCUAUCUAUGGGUAAUAGGAUUGAUGUGUUAUGCUGGACAUGCUUUGGUUUUCCACCACAGAACACCAGAAAAUGGUCAUAAAGAGUAGAACUGGCAUUUACACAAUGAUUUGACUAUGAGAUCAUGUUCAAUGUCUCUUUUGAAUAGUUGAACCAUACUCAAACAGUCCAGUUGACAUAACAGGGUUGAACUAUUAAAAUAAUCUUAAAAUGAAUCACUAAUAACAUAAAAUAAAUAAUACUCUUCAGAAAUGACUUUACAACAUAACUAGGGCUUUAUAAUGAUGGUGAAAACUUGGAGAAAUGUUGUGGUUAAGUGGGUUAAAAAUCUUCCUAAAAGUCACAGAGGAUGCACAGAGGCACUUUAGCAAGUCUUUAAUUCAUAUAAAUUGAGAUUGAUUGAAUUAUCCAUGUGGUCUAUAUUACAGGGCACUUCAUUAAAUAUAAUAGGCUUUUAUUUAUGCAAAACUUUUACUUAGAAUGUCAAAGUGAUGCAGAAAGCACUAAUAUUGUUGAACGACCCAUCUAUUCAUAUCACAUCUGUAAUAUAACCAAUUAAAUGGUUUCAAAAGGAAAUAAUACUUGCCACAAUUUCAACAUAUAUAAUAUACAAAUACAUUUGUACAAUUUAAUUAAGUUAUUAUUACAAAAGAGGUUUGUUGGCAAUUUUUGUCAUAAAAUGUUCUUCUUAGUACAAUACCAGUUUUACCUCAUGCUAAUAUCUAGAAAAUCUAAGAGAAAACAUCCCCUUUCUCUUGAUUAGAAGAUUACUUUAGUAACUUUAACAAGGUAUCUUGAGAGCAGGUGAGUGAGAGAACACCAGGAGUGUGCAAAGCUGUCAUCAAGGCAAAGGGUGAAGUUGAUAUCUUCACUAUUAUUCUACAAUGUAGAAAAUAGUAAAAAUAAAGAAAAACCCUUGAAUGAGUAGGUGUGUCCAAACUUUUGACUGGUACUGUAUAUAAAAACAUUUUCGUUAAAGUAUAUUUUUUAGAUUAGUGAUGUUACAACAACAACAUUCUUAAAUACAUGUCAUUUUGUCCUUGAAAUAUUUAAUUGAAAUACUGUAAAACUCCAUUCAUUCUUAUGGAGGACUGCUCC